AUCCAAUAUGGCUGCCACGAGAGGACAUACUGGUAGUCACGUGACCAGAGCGAGCAGCCAAUCGGAGAGCGGGACUGCAGAUUGUUGAGGAGAAGUAGUAGACGACAGGAGUCACUUACUUCUGGUCACUAAACAAUCUCCUGGCCAAGAGCUCGCCCUCAGCCAUGAAGGAGGACAAAGAGAAUGCCAAACCCAAAGACAGGAGAGGGGAGCUGGGCCCUGUGGACGAGGGGGACAGGAUGGAGAAGGUGAAAGAGAAGAAGGAAGUCAUGAGCAAGGUGAGGGCAGUCAGAGGGCCUGGGGCCUGCUGGGUGCACACACUGGCCAGGACUCCCUGAGCCCAGGGCUGGCACACAGUCACCUGGCUCCUAGCUGAGCUGUCAGGCCAUGCAUGGACACACCAUAGCCUACUUACACAACUGCUUGAUCUGUUUACAUGGGAUAUUGUAAGAAUAAAUUGCUAUAAACCACUUAUCCAGCAAAUGCACCAGAUCUGUAGUAAUAUAAUCAGGGAUAGACUGUUUUUAUAACAUUAUAAUAAUAAUAAUAAUAUAUAUAAAUAUAACACAAUAUUAUUUGUUUGUUAAGUCUAUAGUUGAGAGAGAAUAGGAUAUUAUAGGCCAAAAGUGAAAGUAAACAUUAGCUAAGAUAGAUCCUUUUUUAAAACUUAUUGCUGUUACGCUCUUUUAACAUACAGAUAUGUUAGGUACUUUUGGAAUUUUAGAACACUGCGUUUACAUUUUAUCUAUUUUUUUUUUAUUAUUAUUUUUUUAUUACACUAAGUAUAAAUAAUGCUACAAAACGUGAAAUUGAAGUAAUAAUGUGCACAAGUGGAGAAUAACAACAAUAUUUUAUUUUAGACCAUGCAUACAUUCAUCUUUUUAUUGCAAAAAAAAAAAACUGCAGAAUGGUGUUUUUUUUAUAGAAAAGCAUGUACGCAUUACUGUUUCCAUUUAGGAGUCUUUUAUGUUACAGGUGGUUCUUCGUCGAUUGCCUCCAAGUCUAACCAAAGAGCAGUUGGAAGAGCAUCUCCAGCCAUUACCAGACCACGACUACUUUGAAUUUUUUGCCAAUGACUCAAGGUAACAACUUGAUUUCGGAAUUACAUUAACUUGCAAUAAACAUCACAGUUGUAUAUUGUAUAUUGUUUGUGCCUAUGUAGCAAAACACAUUUUCACACUUCUAAACAUGUAUAGGGAAUUUCUCAGAAUGCAACUUACCUGUAUAAACACUGCCAAGUGGCUGAAAUAUUUCAGCCAAUCUGUGUUCUCCUCCACAUGUUGGAACAGCAACUGCAGCAACUGAAAAGUCUCAUAUUGUGUGUUUAAAUUAUAUUAUGAGCAGCACUGCCGCAAAUGUUUAUAUUUUCUUAAUUGAUUUAAACUGUGCUGCAAUACAUGUGCAUACCAAAACAUUUCCACUCCAUUCAGCAGUCUGUUUCCUGUUAUUUAUUUCAUUUAAAAGAUACAGAGAAAGAUAUUUACAGGGCUUGUACGUCAUGUGCUAGCAAAAAAAAUGUGACAACAUUUUCAGAUUAGAUUUUUCUUGCGUUUAAUGAUAUCUGCAUGUGUGUUAUAUAUUGUUAUAUUUUUCUUUUGCUGUCUAUAAAAUAUGAGUUGUGGAGAAACUAGAGUACAUUAUUAGCCUUUUCCAAAAGGAUGAUGCUAUAGGUUGUAUGUGAUGUCUAUAUGUUCUAUUCAUUAACAUGAAAUCCACUGUGCUUCUUCAACAGCUUAUUUCCUCAUAUGUUCUCAAGGGCAUAUAUCAACUUUAAAAGUCAAGAUGACAUAAUGCUAUUUAGAGACCGUUUUGAUGGAUAUGUUUUUAUCGAUCACAGAGGUACGAUUGAAUAUUUAUAUCGUAACAGUUAUCUGCUCAAACCUGCUGUCCAUAUAUAAUUUGUGUACUUUUUAUUAUAUUCAUAUUUUAUUUUGGGUAUAUUUAAAUUAGAACAGCUGACUGUAGUAUCUAUGUACGGCAUUCAUUAGCUUAAUAAGUUGACUAACUUGCUUAUCCAGGGAAUGCCAUCAAAAAAUAGACAGCCGUGAGAUUGCUUCCAUGAUAGUAAUAUGCUGGUGAGGAUCCAGGACUGCAGAUAAAUCCAGAGGCAUGCUGGUACCAUAUCAACUAGCAACUACUGUUUGUAGUGGUUAUAGUGCCCCUUCAAUGCUAUGCAGGAAUUGUAGUAGAAGGUUCAGAUUUUUUGUCUGAGAGUGCAGCCUUCUUGGAUGUGACAUAUAUAUUUAGUGUUAGCAUUAUCAAAUUAUUCUGGUAGCAUGUUUUUAUAUUUUUAUUUGUAUUCUUUUUUUUUUUCCCUGUGCCAGGGCAGGAAUAUCCAGCUGUUGUGGAAUUUGCCCCCUUUCAAAAAGUGGCAAAAAAGAAAAGCAAGAAGAAGGAUUCUAAGGCUGGAACAAUUGAUGAUGGUAAAAUAACAAAAAAAACCUCCAAAUAUAUUGACCAUACUAAAUAAAUGAUUUGGACUUUUAUUUCCCUGUCCUCUGACUUCUGUGUCUGUUUUAAUUUCUGUCUCUGUGUUUCUCACAUUUGGGUUAUCCCUGCAUCUUUAUUCCCAUUGGAACUGGUGUCUGAGAUUUUGUGAUGUCUCCUUGUUUAACAGCCAUUUGUCAAGACAGUUAUUCUCUGAAAACGCUGCUUUCAACUUUUUUUUUUUUUUAAAUGUAAAAACUGUAUCCUUUUAAUUUUAUGUCACAAGAUCCUGAAUACAGAAAAUUCCUGGACUCUUACAGUAUGGAUGAUGAGAAACUGACAUCAACACCAGAGACUUUGCUGGAAGAAAUCGAAGCAAAGAACAAGGAAAUGAUAGGUAAAAGUUAAAUUGGAACAUAAUUAUCUUUAAAGGGACACUAUAGUCACCAGAACAACUACAGUUUAAUGUAGUUGUUCUGGUGAGUAUAAUAGUUCCCUUCAGGCUUUUUUCAUACAAACACUGCCUUUUUAGAGAAAUGGCAGUGUUUACAUUGCCUCUAGGGACAUCUCCAAGAGGCCACUUCUUAGAUGGCCACUGGAGGGGCUUCCUGGGUCAGUGCUGCCGAAAUAGCAGCCCUGACGUUCAGCGUCCCCACGCUCUGCAUGGAGACGCUGAAUUUUCCUCAUAAAGAUGAAUUGAUUCAAUGCAUCUCUAUGAGGAGGUCCUGAUUGGCCAAAACGGCAUUUGGCCAUGCCCCUGUGGCGAUUUUAGCCAAUUCAAAGCUUUCCCCAUGGGAGAAUUUUGAUUGUCACAAAGGGGGCGGAGCCAGCGCCAGCAGACCCGCGUGGCGCUGGAAAUAAGGCAAGUUUUAAGCUUUUAAGGGGGUGCAAGCCACCUAAAUGUUGUGUUAAACACUAUAGGGUCAGGAAUACAGGUUUGUGUUGCUGACCCUAUAGGGUUGCUUUAAUAUUAGUAAUCUAUCCUUGAUCCAUACAGCUAAAGAGCUGUUAGGUUAAAGUUAGUUAUACUGGGUGUUUAUUUGUAUCAACUUUAUUUAGUUCAUUAGUCGUAGUUCCUAAUAACUGCUCUGUAAGCUGUUUCUCUCCUGCUUAAAGGGACACUAUAGGCACCCAGACAACUUCAUCUCAUUUAAGUGGUAUGGGUGCAGAAUCCCUGUACCUUUAACCUUGCAGCUGAAAAGUUUUAGAGAAAUUACACUAUUUACAUUGCACUGUUAAGACUGCCUCUAGAGCCACUCCAUGAAGCAAUGCUGGGCGUCCUCACAGUUUGCAUGAGGACAUCCAGUGUCUUGCAGGUCCCUAUUUCCUUUCGCCGUGUAUGAGUGUUAGGCUCCCCCUUGCAAUGAUAUUGGAAGAGGUGGAGAUGGAAGCAGCAACGAGGGACUAUGCAGCUGGAUUUAGGUAUGGAUUUAAAGGGUUUUUAUCCCUUUGAUUAUUGGGGAGGGACGGCACAGGGACACCACAGUGUUAGGAAUACAACUGUAUUCCUUACACUGCUUCUUUUAAUAUCCUAUAGUAUUUCUCCCUUCCGCUCUAGAAAUACUGCUGUAUAGAAUGUUGUGACUUGGGUUUUUGGGAAUUGUAGUAAGUUUGUUAGCUUUCUACAGUAGAAAAUUGACAAAUGAAUUAGAACUCCCAGAAAUCUUUGCUGUGCACAUAAACCACUGCUUAUGGGAUAUGUUCAACAGUGCUAUUAAAAGUUGCGAGCAGAGGCUUUUCCUUGUUUGGUUAGUGCUCAGAGCGGAAGCUGCACAACUUGGGAAUUCACUGCAAAUGCAAUAACCUCAAAUACGUAUGAAUAUUUUUUUUGUUUUUCAUUUAUUCUAAUGCUCUGUGGAUAUUGUGUGAAGUACAUCACUUUAUCCUAAAUGGGAUAAGAUUUAAAAAAAAAACUAUAUAUAAGGGCGGGGGAGGGGACAGAGAACUGUUACCUGACAUCUCUAAAGCAAACAUUUAAAGGACAACCAUCAUGUCAAAACUCUUGUUUAAUAACACUAAAUAGAUUUAAAAAAAAAAUAAUAAUUUAAAUGAAGUACAUGAGAUUUUUAUAUGAAAAGAUCCUUCAGCCAUAUACAUACAAAUAGUGUUUGGAUUUGACAGUCUGUGAUUGUCACUGCUCUGUGCAGGGAGUGAAGCAGGGGAGACCAUAUUGUACAAGGAUCCUGUCAUCUACUAAAGAUAGGGAUGAGGGUUUCCUCAUUUCUUUACAUAAACUUAAUUUAACAAAUAAUCAAUUUCCUUUCAAAACUUGUUGUGUUGAGGUGACAGUUGUCCAUUAAUGAAUGCUUUGUCCAAAAUCAGCAUUUGAUGUGUGCAAAUUGUAUUUGUAUAUUUAUGUUGGCAUGUGUGGUCUUGUUCUGUUUGCUGGGAUUUGUCUGACUGUCUUUUAUUUGUCCUUAGCUAAGAAGACUACACCGCUGUUGAGCUUCCUAAAAAAUAGACAGGUAUGAUUAUUUCUAAAGUGUACAAUCAUUAUUUCUCUUAACCACUUAAGGACCACAUGACGGUAUAUGCCGUUGUACGGGGCUUUAAUUCCCAGUGAAUGCAUAGUCCGUCAUGCCGUAAAGGUACCAGCAUUGAUUAAAUCUACCUGGGCGGUCCCUUCUUUUGUUUGCGGCCACCGUUAGUGGCUCCACACUGAUUGCUCGUAACCCUUUAAAUUAAACAGUGGCAUGGUUUUGCUACCGCAGUAAAUAUAAACAUUACUCCUGAUGAGACUCAGAGCGAGAUGUUGCUGGUUAGUGGAAACCCUUCCUGGUUUGGGAAGGGCUCUCCACUGCUUGCAGCUACAAGUGUAUCAACAGCAGGAAAUGUCAAGGAGAUUAUCUUUUUAUUAAUUUAUUUUGUUUCCCAUUUAAAUGCAUUAUCUGUAUACAUGCUGCAUGGAUUAGCCUCUUAGCUAUUCCUUCAAAACACAUUCAGCUUUUGAUUUUUACAUAAUUUUUUUUUCUUCGUUUUAUAUCAUUCAGUGGUUAUGUUUUGCUUGCUUUCCCAGAGGGUGCGAGACGAAAAACGUGAAGAAAGGAGAAGAAGAGAACUGGAACGAAAAAGACUACGUGAAGAGGAAAGGAGAAAGUGGAAAGAAGAUGAAAGGAGAAAAAGAAAAGAUGCAGAAAAACAAAAAAAGUUUGAAAGGACACCUGAGAAAGAGACUGAGCGCUCAAAGGAUGAACCAAAAAUAAAGGUAGCUAAUGUCUAUAUGCCAUGUCAUGUAAAAGGUAUGGAAUAGAUAUAUAUAUAUAUAUCUUUUUUUCUGUUUUGUUUUUUCUCAAGAGUUUUUCACCGGUUUGGUCUGGUUCUAGGAGCAAGAUGUCACAUUGCACCCAACACCCAUACUGUGCAUAUAACACCGCCACUACACCUGUUGGACAUAGCUUAUCCAAUAGUCACUUACAUACAUUGCAUGCAUUACCCAUAAUCCCCAUCAAUUGCCCACAUGACAUACAGCACCCAUCUAACAUGCAUCUCAAACACAUGACACGCCUAUCAUAGAAACACUGAACAAUGUACCUCAAAUAUGUACACGCACAAUUUGAGAGAGUGCUUAUCUGUGUGGACACUAAUGUCGGGGUUUCUCCAGUGACAUUGAAUGUGAAAUAUGUGUGUGCCAGACAGUGGAGGGGUAGUAAAGGGGGUCACACUUUAUUGCCAUACGUUAUAUUGAGUACAAACUUUUUGAUGUCGUAGCUGCUUAAGAAACCUGAAAAAGAUGACGAGAGGGAGUCAGAAAAGAAGUUUAAACCCAGAAAAACUGACAAGGAGGGUGUGAGAGAAGAACGUGUCUCUUCCGGCAAAAGAUCAGAUGGAGAAGCUGGAGAGGAGAAGUUAAAAAGGUGCGUGUGUUUUUUUUUUUUUUUAAAUGUUUUGUUUACGUCUCAACUAUUUAAAUGGUACGCUACACAGCACCAUAAGCACUACAGCACACUGUAGUGAUUAUGGUGCCAGAAGUCCAGUGUCGCUAUCAAAUUAACUACAAAUGGUUUGACACUUGCCCAUCUGUCAUGGGUGCCCACAGGCUCUACUGCUGUACCAUAGCUGUGCAGUCCAGAAGUUCAUACACACAUAUUGGCAUAGAACGAUAGCUGACACUUGCUGGCCAAUUAAUCUACUGUCCAAAGACCUGCUAAUGCAAAAUAUGAACUUCUGCUUUAGCUUAGCUUUUUAGACCAGAAGAAUAGUGGGCAGCUGAGACAAAGAAGUGUCAAAUCGGUCAUAAAUGUUUUGACAACUUACAUUGAACAGCGCCAGAGGUCUCCUGGCACUAUAGCCACUACAGCUUGCUUUAGUAGUUUUGAUGCUUUGAGUGUCCCUUUUAAGUGUUGCAGAUCAAUAGUUAUUACAAUACAACAUCAGUAAGGACCAGUGAACUCUCAAAAUAUGUUUUGGGGCUUAUUUACUUAACAAUGAUUUGUAGUUAAAUUUCCAAAGUAAGAACAAAAUAGCCCCUUUACAAAAAAUACACCAACUCGGCUAUGUUCCCGGUUUGCUGAUUAUGGCCUCAAUCUAUCAAUUGUUAAUUUCAUCAAACUUUACAAUUGUGUAAAUAAAUCUAUCCUUCCAUUUCCAGUUGUUGACAACUUACCUUACUUUUAAUCCUACCUAUCCUCAUUUCUACCAUGCACAGAAUGUGAUGUUUACCAAGUAUUUGUUGUUGUUGUUGUUUGCGUGUUUUUUUUUUGUUUUUUUUUUAUAUAUAUAUAUAAGAAUCUGACACAGUUUGUGAUUUUCAAAAUGGUGUGUCUCAAUGCAGGAGUGAAGAAGACUAUGUAAAAGAUUACAGAGAGAAAGAUUAUCGAGAGAAAGAUUAUGAAAGAGAGCGGCGGCUGAGAGAGAAAGAGAAACUGAGAUACCACGACGAGGAUCGUCGGAAGCCACGAGAACGCUAUGAGAAAGAUCGGUGUUUCAGGAGAAGAGAUGAUGAGUACAGGAAGGAGCGAGACAACGUAAGAGACAGAGGGCGGAAGCAGGACCUUAUUGAUUGUCAACAGAACUCCGAUAAAUCCGAGAGGGCAGCACGUGAUGAGAAAAAGGAGGAGGCUGCAAAGAGAGAUCGAAUAAGGAACAAGGUUGGGCAUAGAAUACAUUUUUAUGUAGGUUUUUUAAAAAAUUUUUAUUAUAUGCAGCACACCAUCUUCUUGAAGCUGUUGUGUGUAGUACACAGAAUGACCUUGGCAUUUGCAAUCCUUGUCCUUAAAUAAGCAUCAUGUAGUUUAUAGAAACCUCUAUAGUUGUCUGUAUAAUCAGGCUACAACUCAGCUGUUCUUGGACUAAAUGGCAGAUAUGCCCAUUUGCCAGUUUGUCCAAAGCCCAAAGAGUUGAUAGACGUUAAUGAUCUUUCUCAUAGAUGUCUUCUAUAGAACUUCUCAAGUCUGGGAAGGAACCUAUACGUUACCGCAAUACAGAUCUUCGAAUUUCAAAAAAAUGUAGUAAGAUCUUUUUUGCUUUAAAUCUUUGAUUUUGUCAUACAGAAUUUUUUUUUACCACUGCUCAACAUUCCUGUUUUCUGUAAUGCAGUUAUUGUACCCCCCAGUACCUCUACCUGUAGCUAAUCCUAUUGGUCUCCGUGUUUGCCUGUGGGUUUGAUUGUCAAUACUUAACUCUCUCUGUAUAUGGUUGGAUAGUCACUGGCUUCUAUCCAGGGGGUUCUAGAUCGUAUUUAUAAUGUCCACGUUGCAUCUCUCCUCACUGCACAUUAUGCAUUUACCUUUUUAAAGAUUUUUCUGCUUCUGCUCUUGUACAAGUGUCAGUAGCAGGCAAGCCCUUCCUAAGCAGGAAGCAGCUCCAGUCAGAAUCUUUUCAUUCCGUUCUAUGGGCUACAGUUGUUUAUCUCCCAGCAUCAUUUCCAUUCAUCAUGUAGUAGACAUUAUGCAGCCACUAACCAAUUAUACUGCCAGUUCAGUUUAAUGGACAGGGCUAUGUGCCGAGAUUUGCAGGACUGCCUGCCACCAAGACAGCUCGUCAUUUUUACCCUGAUUGACCACUCUGGAAGGCUGUAGUUAUAAGCCACUUUCUGUAUGGUGGGAGAUGCAUGGUACUCUCUAUGCCAUAAACUUUUACAAUUGAGUUGUUUUGUUGUCUUAAGUGACCCUUUCAACAUUUAAAGCUACUCUGCCACUGCCUAGAGGCUUUGCAUUAUUUGCAAAGAUCCCAAAUGGCGACUGCUCUGCUGGGUGUCUGGUGGCUGCAGGUUGCAGGGGGAGGUGAGUUAUACUUACCUGACCCUGUCCUUUGCAGCCUACGCCUUCCUGCCAGUACUGUUCAGCUUCUGGCACAUCCGAAACUAGACAGCCAUCACGUUGUCAAGUUUUGUCAAGCGUAUGAAAUAUACUAAGACAAAGUAAUCCCUACUUUGUGUUCAUAUAUCUUUUGACUACCAUGGAAUUUCAAAGGUGAUUAUAGAAACCGCACUCAAUCCCAGCAGCCACCGGUGCUCCGGAGCAGGACCAGAAAUCCCAACACACUAAGGCAACAAAGAAAUUCCCCAGUCACUAAAAGUGUUAAAGCCGUAGGCAGUUUUAAUGAAACAAAAAAGGCAGCAACGUUUCGACCUACUAAGAGGUCUUUUUCAAGCUAACACCACAAAGCAAACAUAAGUGUAUAUAUAGCAAGCAAUGCCCAAGAAAAGGUCAAACAAUAAGUCAUUAACAUAAAUCAAUAACACAAAAUAUAUCUAUAAAUACAAUAAUCCAUAACUUACCUAUGUGUGCCAAAGGAGGGAGAGACAAAAGAUAAUGAAAGUAUAAAAAUAAAUAAAGGAAUCUACAGUAAACAGGUUAAAAUGCCUGUCCGGGUGCAUAAAAAUCAUUUCCAGUUAGAUGGAACGCGGAAGGGCUUCUGGAACGCAAAUUCCUACAAAAUGAAUGAGUAUUUCAUAUAAAGAUUUUAUCAUCAUGGAGGGUGGAGAGGAUUGUGCCGCUUUAAGUUGCUUAUAUUACCAAACCAAAUAUGAAUUAGUCUGAAGCAGUUUACAUAUAAAACGCGAGUAGACAAACUCAAACGAUCAUGAGGCAGCACCCAGAUGCCAGUUGGCAAGAAUGCCUGUAUUCUGGAAUUCCAGUUGCCCAAAAAGAUGAGAGAAAAAAAACUGUAGAAGUAGAUAUAAUAGACAGACAGACAGACAAGGAAAUAUUCUAAAACCUGAUGUUAUUCUAACCUACUUACAGAUUAAACAUUUUUUUUCACAGUUUGCUGCAGUACACAAGGGCAAUUGCAAGGCCCACUGUUGCUGCUUACUAUGAGAGAUCAGACUUUAUUCAACCAGACCACACCCAGGUUCACAUUGGUGUAUGCAUUCUGGUAAAUCUUUUCUGUUGAUCAGUAUCACCUUGGCAGAGAACUAAGGGUUCUCUGAAUUGACCACUGUGUAUGCUGCGUCUUCUUUUUACUGGCUCUCUCUCUAUCUGGGUGUAUUUACUGGCCAUACUGUAAAAUGAAAAAUUCCAUUCAUGACCGUAAAUAACCUGAUAUCUUUCUCUGUGAUUAAUAAUUUGUUUUUUGAAAAAAUAUAUAUAUUUAAGUAGUCUAUGGUCUUCGGUUCUCCUAACCGAAUCAAAUGGCGUAAAUCGAAUACUUGGCAAAGAUGUUGAUGUUGGUAAUGAUUUGUAAUGUUUAAUAUAGCAUUUUAUAAUUCAAUCUUUAUAUGAGGCAAUACCUUUUUAUGACAACUGAAAAAGUAACAGUAGCAAUAUAAUCUACCACAGAUGAUUAAUUAUGCCAAAUGUUAAUGUGCUGUCUUUGUUCUCCAGGAUCGUCCAGCAAUGCAGUUGUACCAGCCUGGAGCAAGAAGUAGAAGCAGACUAACCCCAUGUGAGGAGGGUCCAGCUAAGACUGAAGAUCAAAUCACAGAGAAGAAACCAGAGGGUGAAACCAAUGAUGCUCGAGAAGAAGAGUAAAGCAAAAGAAGGCUUGGUGUGCCCUGCCCGUAAUGAUAACCAAAGAAAAAAAAUCGGCAAUCCAGAAGUGCCUUCAAAGAGAAGGAGUCAAGAACAGGCAGGAGAAGUGUCCAUAGGAGAUUGUUGGGGCAUCUGUGGGAUGACAAAGCACGAGUUUGGCUGAAAAUCCAAGUUGGGUUUUUUGUAGUAACAAGACCAUAUGUAAGACUGUCCAGUCCUUAGUGCGAGUGAAGCGGUGGUGAAAUAGGUGGAAAUUUCCUGUUUACAAUCUGUGUUGUGGCCUUACAGAAACACAAGUCCUCCAUUCCUGUGUUGGCAAAGGGUUAUGACAGAACUAUAUUUUUUUCGAUGGAAUUUUCAGCUUGGUGUUAAAUGGGCUGAAUAAGUAGAGCUAUUCCAGUACAAUUUGCAAUGUAGGUGUUAGAAGUUUGGUUUUGUUUUCUUUUGUUUCAUUUAUCAUGCUUAGAUUUAUCUUUUUUUUCAAUAUAUUAUCUUUGCUCUAAAAUGCUGAAAUGACUCAAAAUAAAUGUAGUUUUCUUUAUUUCUUGAUUAUUUUCAUACAGAUCUUUAUUACAAUGAGAAACCUGCUUUGACAUAAUCUCAAACUAUCGACUGCUUAUUUUAGCAGAAUGCAUAAUAUAAAGAGUUAAUUAUGUUCUUAAAUAUAACUUAAAAUGUUUUAUUAUUUUUCUUUUCUAUGGACAAAAUAAAAAGGUACUUUUGAAAUGUA